AUGAAGCGCGUCUUCGACUGGAUAUCCGACGACGAGUGGGAGAACCACAGGUUCGGGACUUCUCGGGUGUUCAAAAAGUUGGAUUGCCCGCGGCCGCCGAUCGAAUCCUUUGCUUAUCAGCCUGGAAAGUGCAAACCGUCGGAGGAGCAGACCGGGGUUUGCUCGGCCGGGAGGGCGUUCAAUUUGGAGGAGGAAGAGGAGGAGGAAGCAGCUGUAGUUCGCCCGGCGCAGGGCGGAGGUCGCGUGCGCCGGUUUGUCGUAGACGAGGACAGUGACGUGGAGGUCUUGCCUGAGGUAGUAGAGAUCCGGUCCACGGGGGAAGACGAUGAGGAUUUCACCUUCGGUGGGGACGAGGCGGAGGAAGAGGGCGGGGAGUGGGAGGGGGAGGAUUUAGUUGGAAAAGCUCUACAGAAGUGCGGUAAGAUAUCCGCUGCUCUGCGGCAGGAGCUUUAUGGCUCUUCGGUUUCUUCUUGCGAAAGGUACGCCGAGGUAGAUGCUUCGGCAGCUAGAAUUGUUACCCAGGUACACAUUUCAGUAUGGUUGAUUGACCUUCAUCUUUAAAUUUUGAGAUCACUGGGGCCAUGCAUUUUAACCGCGGUUUCCUGUUUUAGGGGGACAUAGAUGCCGCAUGUACAUGUCUAGCAACGGACUUUGAGCCAGUUCUUAAGCCGUACCAGCUCGUUGGUGUUAACUUUCUUCUCCUACUCUAUAGAAAACGAAUUGGUGGAGGUGCGUAAUAUUUGCGGGUGUUUUUCUAAAUUUACACAUCAACUAAAAGAGCUAAAAUGGCAUGCUGCACUGUGACACCUGUUUCUAGUUUUUCAUCUCUGAACUAUUAAACACGUAUUGUACUUCUGUUGGGACUCCCGUACACCAAAUGUAGACGAAUUGGACAAGGGAUAUUCAUCUGUUGAAGUUCAGGACUGGACUGCUUGCAAACAUAUGUAACCUCUGUCAGCUCGUUCUGUCUAUCAAUUGUAGUCCAAUUAGACCAGCGAUAUCCAUCUGUAGUAGUUUUUAUUAAAAUAUGAUUUCUCUCAAGAAGAUUUCUCAGAUUGUUUCAAUCCAAUUGCCCAUAUCAUCCUAAUUAAAGUAGUCACCUAGGGGCAGUAGCAGGCUUGUCUUGCUUAUGGAUAUACUGGCCCCUCUUGGGACUUCGUCUUAUGCGUCCAGGGUGUGGUACAAUGCACAAGGUGGAGACGUAGAACAGGAAGAAAGUUACAAAGCUAUAAAACCUGUUACGGGUUUCUGAUCUUUACUUUGUUAAUUUUUUUUGAAAUGACAAUUUACUGCUGCUUGCUCAUCUAUGAGAGGUUUUUAGGAGUGUCGGAGACGAAAAAGUCACCUGUAAUUCUUAGCUUUGUUAAUCCCACAAGAGACGAAGUCCAAAGACUUAACGCUGGAAAGUUUUGACAGGACUGUAGUACAAAUGGUGGUAGUUAUUUUUAUCAAGGCAGAAAGUCUGAUUCCAUCGUGUACUGUGACAUCUGAAGCAACACAUUCGUAUAGAACAGAGUUCUCCUGGUCCUUAGAGACAGAGCUGUGGAGGAUUAUAUAUUUAGUAUUUAAACAUUUAAUAAUAUCAGUGUCUCUCAAGUUUUUGCAGUUAUUUUGAGAGAUGUGAAUAUGAGAUAGUUCUAUACCGCGCUUAUCCUUAAUAUUGCAAGGGUUUGGGUCUAUUACGAACCACAAACCGUCUAUAUUCUAUCAAUUUUUUCUCAUUCAUCCCGUCAUUGUCAGCUUCUUAUGUUGUGUUUACGUGCAGCCAUCUUGGCAGACGAAAUGGGCCUGGGUAAAACUGUGCAGGUAGGCAAUUUCUUUCUUUUCAUUUAUGGGAAUUUAAGUCUUUCUAAUAUCUCUGCUUCUCCCCCAGGCUGUGACAUACUUAAAUCUGCUAAAACACUUGGACAACGAUCCUGGACCCCACCUUAUCGUUUGCCCAGCUUCUCUUCUAGAAAACUGGGAGAGAGAACUUAAAAAGUGGUGCCCCUCAUUUUCUAUCAUCUUAUUUCACGGUGCUGGGAGAACAGCGUAUUCAAAGGAAUUAAAUUCACUAGGCAAGGCUGGCCUAUCUCCUCCUUUCAAUGUUCUUGUAACAUGUUAUUCACUAUUCGAGCGACGCAUGUACGUGAGUUUAUAUAUCUUUUUCUUACUUGUUUCAGGAUUUCUCUUGUUCCACUGAAAUCUUAUAAUUAUGUUCCAGCGUUAUAUUUACUUUUCACUCCAUGCAGUGGGCCCCAGAAAGAUGAUCGUAAGGUGUUGAAGCACUGGCAAUGGGGUUGUGUGCUUAUGGAUGAAGCUCAUGCCCUGAAAGAUAAAUCUAGCUAUCGUUGGAAAAGCCUGAUGUCUAUCGCGAAAACCGCACGCCAACGCUUGAUGCUGACAGGAACACCACUUCAAAAUGAUUUAUAUGUAAAUCUAUGAACUAUUGUCUUGCAUUAGUUGCUUACUUUACAAGUGUCAGCCCGCAAACAUUUUUCUUAAAUUAUUUGUCAUUUCUCAUGAGAAGCAUUGCUAUCAAUUAUGGACUGUUAAGACAAUACUGGUCAUUAUUUUUUUUCGCAGGUAAUAUUUUCGCGUUAAUUAAAUUUCUUUAAGGUACGAAAUGAGCUUUUAUCAAUCAAAAUGGAUCUGAUGUGGACGAGGGCUUGCAGAACUCGUGCUUUUCAUUUCUCAAUUCUUAGACAGCAAUAUAGUUUCGUUGGAAGUAGAAGAAAAAUGGAAGAAUCAUUAUAUAUAUGGCGGGAAGGACACCGUUGAGGUUUGUGGAACAUUAGAGGACCUCAACGUAGAAGUGAUGUCAGGAUGUGCUAGAAUAUUUUAUCUCUUGCAAGGAACAGUCGGCAAUAUUUUCUGCUGCAGCAAAGUAUUGGAGAAGUGGAUUCUGUUAUUCUGCCACAUUGAAAUAUUUCCGAUUUUACGACUGUAAAUAUUUACUGGUUAGGAUGGGUGUCAAUUGAGAUGAUUAUUCAACCUUUAUCCUGGCAUCCUUGUACGAUACGUGAACCUGGGUUUUGUGGACUUAGGCCACAUUGUAUGUGUUUCAUUUUUACUGAAGUGUGUAUUAGGGUCCAUAAAUUGCUCUGGUGGUAUCAGGAAAAAAAUUGGUUGGAUAUUUCUUCUAUAAUCAGUUCAUCUUCCUCGAAUUGCCAAUUCGUCAUCUUUGGUGUGUAUUGAAAAAUGUUUUCAUACGAAUGUGGGAGAGAACUUGAAUGGGCCAUUUGUUGUGUCCUCAAAGCCACUUAGUUUUUAGCAUUUGCCAUCUGGUCAUGACAAAAUGAAAUCAAAGUGUGUUUACCUCUGUAAAAAGGAAAAUGACCAUUUGCUGAUAUCUUUCCUAUUGUAGAUACAAAGAUGGGAUUUAUUAUAGAUUUCUCAAUUAAUACAUUCCAUAGAGCAUAUAGAGCUAGACAUCACCCUGGGGAUGCGGCAAGGGUUUGGCUACGUGGUAUGACUGUAUGUAGUAAGUGCUGUUAUAAGCUGAUCAUACAUUGGAGUCAGCAUAUGCAUACAAGCUUAUCUUCGUUGCACAGUUCUGUUCCAAUUUUUUUUCACAAACCGGUCUGUUGUAUUCGUUUUGAUAUUUUUUUGGUUGCUACUGCGCUAUUCAUUGAUAUGUGACAUUUCAUUGCAGGAGUUAUGGUCUUUGCUGGAGUUCAUGAUGCCUGACAUUUUUGCAAAUGAUGACGCUGAUCUAAAAAAGCGAUUAAAUGCAGAAGACAAUGAUCUAAUUGCCCGUAUUAAAUCUAUUAUGGGGCCCUUUGUGUUGAGGCGCUUAAAAUCUGAUGUUAUGCAGCAACUCUCACCAAAAAUACAACAGGUGGGUCCAAUCUUCAACUCUAAAUCAUCUUCUUUACUUCCAGGAUAACUUGUAAAGAGAGCCCGCAGUCUUGUUCAACGCUUUACAGUUUUUAGGCUAUUUUAAAAUGGCUAAUUUAGAUGUUUCAGGUUGAAUACGUCUACAUGGUUGCUGACCAGAGUGAGUGUUAUAAUGAAGCAAUAUGUGAAUACCGUGCAGCAACCCAGGCUCGAGCAAAUAAGUUCCCCAGCGGUACUACGAAUAAUAACAUUGCCCCUCUUCCCAACCGCCAGAUAUCAAACUAUUUCAUGCAGUUUCGCAAGGUAAAAUUGUGCCUGUUGGAGAAAACUUUCUUCCUGUUUUCAUGUUAUGGUUUCUUUUCUGGUUCUCAGAAAUUUAUUUUUCAAUGGUGGCUUCUAUUUUUCAUUUUGAGGUCGUAAUUAUCUGCCAGAUUGCAAACCAUCCAUUACUGCUGAGGCGUGUGUACAAAGAUGAGGAUGUUGUUCGUGUUGCAAAAAAGCUAUACCCAAGGGGGGUUUUUGGUUUCGAAUGCAGUUUGGAAAAAGUAAUUAAAGAGAUCAUGAAUUACAAUGACUAUGAGAUCCAUCAGGUAACGUAUGAUGCUAAGCUUUCCCUUUUGUGCAAAUAACUUUUUGCUAGUUUCAUUAUAUACCAUGAGGAGGAUCCUUCGCUGUGCCUGGAAUUGUCUUGCCUGGAAAGUCUGUCGAGAUCCUGUUCAGUUUAUUGCUAUAAGAGACAUGGAUUUGUUCUUGUUCUCCUGAUUAUUUCCGGGAUUUGCCCAGCCAGGUAAAAGGGUGGUAGAAGAGGAAAAGGAGAAGAAAGACGUGGGAAAAUAUAAAUCUGUCUGUUUUCUUUUUCUUUUUUUCUGUGGAGAGGAAGGAACAAAGGAACAGAAGGCUGUUCAUGUCCAUAAAUGACGAAAAAGGAGAAAAAACUUGAUAGUGAGGAUGUAAUGGGAGGUGCAACGGUUGGAUGAAGAUGUGACAUCGUACGAGGUGAAAAUUUACAGUUCCUUGAGCGCUGAUAAAAAUGAUCAUUAAUUCCUUUUUUAUUAAUCUAUAAAUACUGUUUUCCUAACAACUGGUUCGCAUGCACCUGGAUCAAGCCAAAUUGAUUGGGAUUACCGAUUCCAAUCUGGGUUGGAUCAGUUCAGCUUCAUCUGGUUGGCAAAAUCCAUAGACCACGAAGCCACAAGUCUAUUCUUUGAUUGAUCUGAUGUUUGGCUUUGGUUGAUCUUCUUUGAAGGAGUUCCUUUGCAUGGGAUAGAAUUUAUGAGAAAAGCGGAAUGGUUGUUGUAGAUAGUCAUUAGAGUUACUAUUUAGGAUGCAUGAUGCAUGUCUGUUUAUGAGAGGAAAUCGUCUUAUACCAUGCGUUUUAGACUGUUGUGAUUGUAAAUCUUAGUAAAUUAUAUUCAACAUUUUUUUUAUCUCUUUUGAUAUUCUUUACCGUAUUCAUGUUCGUUAAAUACAUGAUCUCUUCUCACUACAAAGACCAUCAUGCAGAAUGUCCAAAACAUUAGCCUUUUGCUUGGGUAUAAUUCUCGCCAUUGGUAUGAAUCGAUUUUAGACAUUAAUAUGCUCUGUUGGUAUGUUUUGUGUGGAUCCUUUCUCUACACUACAAAAACUAGCGUGGUCCACAUGAAUGGCAACCCAAGUUUCGUAUGAGCCGCUUAUCUUGAUGAAAGACUAUCCAAUCCAUUAUGUUAUAAUGCAGUGUAUAAUGCUGCUGUUACUCGACUAACCAUCAGAACAAGCAAAAACAAAGUUGCCAUUAAUGUGGGGAUAUAGUCAUACCGAGUGAGGUUCUAUUACAUCCAUAUGACACACUAUUUUGAACUAUUAGUUAUAGGUUUUCAACAUUGUCAGUUCCGCUUUUCGUUUUGAAAUGAUCAUGUGCAACUCAAUGUGUCCUUUCACUUCGGAACUUCAAACUGAGCUCUAAUAAGUUUAGAAAAUUUAUCAAAACCAACAUGUUUUAGGCACGUUAUAUUUUCUGAUGAUACAUCUCAUUAAAGUUUAUUUCAUGAAAUGAGAAAAAGACAUGAAGAGAAACAAGGUAUCCUUGAUGUGUAUGAGAUGCCAAAUUUGGCAUCAAUCUUGACCGAUUAAAUUUUGAAAUAGACAAUUGAUGGGGAGAAGGUUUACUGGGUAGGUAGGAUGAUAUGUUAAGUAUGCGCCAAGUAGAUUCCUAUCUGUCGACACUGUUUUUAUCAUUAUUUUGUGUGUCAGCAGCAUGUGCCUUGGUCAUCUUUAACUCAUCAUUUUUUUCAGAGUUGUAUGUAUAUAUAUUUAUUUAUCAUUUCGUAUAAGAGACUUUGAAAAUGUUAUGUUGAAUGGUCUGCUCAAAGGGCCUAGCAUAUCGAUCUAAAUGUUGAAUGGUGUCUUAUUAAAGUUAUUAAUGGUGUAUAAAAUUGUAUAAAAUGAUAGUUCUAGUGAAGAUAUGUUGUGAAGAGGGCAAACUUCUAAAAUCCAUUGUCGAGGGAAAACUCUAGUGGAACUUCUAUACAAAUCAGUUUUUUGAACAAUCUUCUCUUUCACACGGAAAGUGAACAGUGCUGAUCUUUCGUGAAAGGUGGAUUUCUUGGACCAUGUGCAUUGGUGCAAUUUAUUCUUACGCAAAUAAGUUAAAAUAUUCUUCAAAGUGUGACCCUCACUGAUAAAAUAGACCAGGCUCUUGUUUCAUUGGGAAGUGGUUACUGGGACCAUUUAUUAUUGUCGAAUUUUACUAUCUUUGCAACCAGUUCACUCUGUGUUUACGCAUUGACAACUGUGAAUUUUCCAUGGGAUUGUAAAAUGAUUGAUAGCUUUUGUGGCAGAACAUUGUAUCCUUUUUUUUCUUAGAUUAUUAUUGAAUAAUGGGAAAAGUACUUGCUUAUUUUUUUCAUUUUUAUCAAAAAAUAAAUACACCUCUUCCUCCACGUGAAUUGCAGCUUUUAAUUUCUUAUGGUGGCAUUGGUGUAGAAGGAGCUCUUUCAGAUAUACAUGUUCUUGGCUCGGCAAAAUGCCAGGUAUAGUUUUCUAUUCAUGCAUAUGAUAUCAUGUUUCUGUUUUCAUGAUUAUAUUGGUGUGAAGACUGAUUACCCUUUAUUUUAAUCUCCUUAUUUAUUUUAUUUCAUUUUUUCAAGGCGUUAACCAAACUUCUCCCUUCACUAAAAAUGAACGGGCAUAGAGUUCUCAUUUUUAGCCAGUGGACAUCAAUGCUUGAUAUUUUAGAAUGGACUUUGGAUGUUAUAGGAGUCACGUAUAGUCGUCUCGAUGGCAGGUAAAGAUUAUAAUCCCCUGAUCUGUAAUCCUUUGAUGCUGUGAUGCUUAGAGUUUGCAUUUUACGAUUUUACUCUGCUUCGCAGCACCCAGGUUUCAGAGAGACAAUCAUUGGUAGACACGUUCAACAAUGAUCCUUCUAUCUUUGCAUGCUUACUCUCUACUAGAGCUGGAGGACAAGGUCUGAACUUGAUUGGAGCUGACACUGUAAUCAUACAUGACAUGGAUUUUAAUCCGCAAAUAGAUAGACAGGCUGAAGACCGCUGUCAUCGUAUAGGCCAAAGAAAGCCGGUCACUAUUUACAGGUACAGAGUUAUCUCCUCAUAGCUUUGUACGUUUAAGUGUUACAUCAGAAUGGGAAUAAAGAAAAUGUUAAGAAGCGAUUAAUUAUCAUCUAAAAGAAGAACGGAAACGCCUGAAGAAUGUAUCGGAACAGUAGUCUUAUGCCAUUUCGUUCUAUUUGGUUCUUGCCCAGCGUAGCCAUCACAAUUUAAUAAUAUCUUUGGUGUUACAUUUUUUUAAGUUCGUGCUGAUUUUAGAAGGCACUUUAUCAGGGAAUAAUGAUAUACUAAUUGUCAAGCUUCAUUCAUACUUUUUUGGGUUUGCGAAGCCAACUGCUCCAUUAGAAAUACAGAAGCUCUCAUUUGAACCUGUUUCUUUCAUUUAUGUCAACUGCCAUCAAAACGCACUGAAGAGAACCUAUUUUCUUCCUUAUCAACUUCUAAUAUUCCCAGACAUCAAACUCAGUGUUCAUGGGCCGUGCUUGAGCGAGGAUAAGUCUUAUUUCUGCCAAGGUAAUGCAGAUAGGAGAGCCAUGCACAAGGGGUCAAAGGCUUAUAAAUUGAAUCUUAGUUGUGAUAAAUUUUGAAGUGAGAGUGCUACCUAUUAAGUGAUAGUUGAUUCCUAACAAGGGAAUUCGUUUGUUUAGUUAUAUCUCUUAACCUUUAUGAGAAAAGGCUUGGGUGCUUGCAUUGGGCAGAGUGAUCCAUCAGUCAUCAAAUAUUUAGAAAGGGUAGGUGCCUGCAUUGAUAAAAUGUAAUUUACGAUCUACAGUCAAUCCUUCCUCAUGCAUUAGGCCAGAUAUUGGACACGUGCAGUGUAUAGGCCUCCGAAUGAAAGCUUUGUUUUAAAAGGGCUGAACACUCAGUGUGAAGAGUCCAACCAUACUUUUUACGCCUUUUGGAAUGUGACUUGCAUGAAAAAAUGCAGUGUGCUAAAUGUUAAUUUUAGUUAUGUUACGAUUUUUUAUUUAGCAGGAAAUCGAAUUUCUUGGAGUCUUUUUAUCAAUUAUGAAUGACGGAAAAUGAUUUUUAGUAACUAUAUUUCGAGCUAGUUUUGGGAUCGACAGAGAUUUGGUCUCAUGCUUUCUUUCUUUACGUUUAAAAUUAUGUUAACUUAUAUCUUCAAUUUUAUUUAUGAUAGAAUGAUACUUUCCUUGCUUUCUUGGCUCUGAUUUUAAAUUAUGUUCGUGAUGACUUCAUUAUGUCCUAGAUCCGACUUCUGGACUUACGUGGUGCGGUGUUUGCCCUCGCAUUUAUACCUUUUUUCUUCUAUUUUUCGUAUUUCAUUGAACUUCCCAUCUAUUAGUUUCUUUGCAAGCACAUCAUGAGAGAGAUAAGGCUCAAUUUUCCGCCUCAAAACUAGAAGAUCUGUGGGACAGCAGAAGAUUGUAUUAUUAUUUACACUAUUCCCGUAUUAGCUACUCAAAGAACAAAAUCGUGACUAUAAAUGUAGCAUAUUUACUCCACAUCCGAUUGGUUCUGAAGUAAAUGGGUCAAUGCACAUGCAACAUAAUAUAAGAGUCGAUGGUUGCCUGUUACCUGCACUUCAGUUGUUUUGUCCGCGUGACAGAGCCUAAAACUUGGCUCACACGUGCAGGGGUGUGCUAGGAAUAAUAUUGUGCUGGAUAUUGCAAAACCUAUGCCUAUAAUUAUAAAGAUAAGCCUACUCCAAUGGUUUUCAAUUUAUUUUUAAUUGGAUGACCUGAUAAUUUAGACAGCAUAUUAGGACCAAGGGUUGGAAUUGACCUGCAUACCACUCCAUCUGUCUACGUUGCUAAGCCCAAAAGCCACGCGUAUACGUAAGAGGGCAUAUCGGGUUUAAUAAAGCCCGAUACAAGUUGACCGGUUUUGUUCUCAGAACCGAUGAUGGUUUUUUUCUUUGCUCAGUUCUUGAUCUAGAACUCAUAGAUCAUAGAUUUUUGAUAUAAAUUUGUAGGUUGGUUACUAAGGGAACGGUUGAUGAAAACAUCUAUGAGAUUGCCAAGCGGAAGCUCGUCCUGGAUGCUGCAGUUCUAGAAUCUGCUACGGAUCUGGGCAAUGAGAAUGUCGCACCUGAGAAGACUAUGGGGGAGAUCUUGUCCGCUCUCCUGCUUGUUUAA